AUGGCUCGAUUUAAUCCUAGUAACAUCCUUGGCGAUCCUUUCGCGUUAGCCACUGUCUCUAUAUCCGCUCUUGCGUGGAUCAUUUCUUUCGUCGCUUCCAUCGUCGCCAAUGUUCAGACUGACUUCCCUAAUUAUGCCUGGUGGGCAGUUGCUUACAUGUUCUGUUGCAUCUGCGGCAUCGUCGUCGUAAUUGGUUCGGAUACUAGCCUGUCUUAUGGCGUUGCGGUUGUCGGAUAUCUUUCCUCGGGGCUCGUCUUUACUACUCUGGCUGUAAACUCGUUGGUUUAUCAACCGCAAUCCUCCAAACAGGCUGCCGCCGCUGGCUUCAUUCUGCUAUCCAUGGUGAUUAUUAUCUGGAUAUUCUAUUUUGGCUCCACGCCACAGGCAAGCCACCGCCGAACAAUCGACUCGUUCGCAUUGAACAAAGAAGGUGUUGCUUAUCACAACAGCCGCCCUGUGUCCAAUGCAUUCGGUAAUCGUUCGGCAACCAAUGUUAGCCAACCCCCUCAGAUGUACACUUCAGCCCAGCUCAGUGGCUUUGAGACGUCAUCGCCCGUAUCAGGCUUCCCUGGCGGGCCCCCAGGCUCAGACAAGCGCAACACUACCACCUCCGCAUUUGGCGCCGUGAACGGCAGUGGCAAUGUCGAAGCUUCGAAUGAAAUUAGCCAGCCGACGGAGUAUCCAUAUAAGGCCAAAGCCAUUUACUCGUAUGAAGCGAAUCCCGACGAUGCCAAUGAAAUCAGCUUCACCAAGGGCGAGGAACUAGAGGUAUCCGAUGUCAGUGGUCGGUGGUGGCAAGCACGGCGAGCAAACGGAGAGACGGGCAUUGCUCCGUCGAAUUAUCUCAUUUUGCUAUAG